UGACCAGGCAGCAGGAGCAGGUGGUUCUUAGUCAUAUGAUGUUGUUAGCCGAGGCUGAGGAGCAGCAACAUCUGAGCUAAAUCACAGCCCACAUCACUCCCUACGUUGAAAGGUGCCUGCAGCUGACACACCUCCAACCAUCAGGCAGAAUGUCGUAUGGAUCCAUUGAUGGAGGCUCUUAUGGCAGUCGCAACCCAUUUGGAGGUCCUACGAGUAAGGGUUACCAGCCAGUAGCCACACAGGUCAGCCCUUCAGAACUGCAAGAUGUGUUUCAGGAGACCUCAUCCAAUAUCUUCCAGAUCAACGCCAAUGUUGUCACACUAGAGAAGAAUCUUCAGUCGCUGGGAACAUCUAGAGAUACAGCAGAGCUGCGACAGAGUCUACACUCCAUGCAGCAGCAAACCAACAAAGUCAUCACUAGUACAAGCCAUCUCAUCAAACAGCUCUCUGAUAUAAUCAUUGGCUCUUCACGGCAAGACCGUCUGCGCCUCACCCGACUAAAGACUGAACUCUCAGAGUCUGUGCAGCGCUAUGGGGAUCUGCAGAAGAAAAUUGCAGAGCGCUCAAGGGCCUUGCUCCCUCCAGCACAGAAAGACAAGAGGAAGAGUCCCCAGACCCCAUUCACUGAACAGAUCGAGGAGGGUCCCCUCUUUGGAGACGCAGUGGACGCAGAGGGAGGAGCUCGGGCCUUCCUCUCUGAGAUCAGUGAGGAGGACGUUGAGGUGCUUCGCCAAAGAGAGGAGGCCCUGCUGCAGAUCGAAAGGGACAUGCUGGAUGUCAGUCAGAUCAUGAAGGAUCUGGCCAGUAUGGUCCACGAACAAGGAGACGCCAUAGAUAGCAUUGAAGAUUAUAUCCAGACUGCAUCAUCCAACGUGGAAUCAGCCAAUCAGCAGCUUGCGAAGGCCAACCAAUACCAGAGGCAGCUGAGGAAGAGGAAGUGCUACCUCCUGGUGGCCGGAGCCAUCAUCCUCACCAUCCUCAUCAUCAUCAUUGCUGUUUCAGCAAGAAAAUAAAGUAGCUGCUGUGGUAGCUGCUGUCAUUACAGUGACACCACAGGGCUCCUACCCAGUCUGAUCCCUGACCUGAGCAGCUGGUUUCCAGUAGGAGGGAGCUGCCCUCCAACGACAUCCCUACUCCAUCAUCCCUGCCUCUGUUUACAUGUGCAUCAGUCUGGAGAUGGAGGCCUUUCUAAGCGUACCAAUUUUUCAAGAGUUAGCCCCAGUCUGAGCCUCUCAUGUAAUCAUCAUUGUGGUUAUGUCUCUCUACCUCUCUCUCUCUCUCUCUCUCUCUCUUUAUUUACUGUGGAUGUUUAUUGUGACUUGAAUGUUAUCAUCAGACGUGAAGUCACAAAUGUCAAUUCAGUGAUUAGAUCAGAGGCACAAGCUGGGGUAUUUCCUGUAUUGGAUUUGAAUGGUUGCUGUUGUAUAUCACAGACCUUCAGGUCCUUACUGUGGUGUUUUAUCAGAAAACUAGAUGAAGGAAGAGCAGGCCUUUCAGGGUGAGACAAGGCAGUUUGAGCUUUACUGUCUUCAGUGCUGUAUUGUAUGCUUCUUUUAUGUAUUUUUAUGAAAAUGAACUUAAUAUUUAUCAGCUUGUAGUGUAAUUAUUCAGUGUCAUACAGUAGCAUUUGUUGAUAUAGUUAAUUAUUGUUUGACCAAAUAUAUCUUCCCAAAUAAAAGUAAGUUCAGGAGCAACAGAAAGUUUUGGCUGUGUUUGUGUAU